AUGGCCUCCGCCGCUCGUAUCUUCCAAAGCCACUUCCGUCGCUACUCCACGCACAUCCCCCGUGAUCCCCGCUACCGACUAAAAGCCACCCUCAUGACCGGCUACCUCGUCUCUGCUUUCACCCUUCCUUUCGUCCCGCCUGUCCUUGAGACCAGGAGGACCAGGGCUGAUGGAUCCUAUCUCACAAGACCACAAAUCGAAUUCGUGCCUGCGCCUAAGUACUAG